AUGUCUUUCACACGCUUCCUUCUUGUCCUUCUUGCAGCGGUGGUUUUUCUCGCUGCUCUAUCUGAACCCUCCGAUCUCCCUCCCGAUGGCAAGCCUCACAAACCACCUUACAAGCCACCCUACAAGCCACCUCAUAAGGGAUAUCCUCCCGUUGAGGAAGCCGAACUCGAAGUCGAUGGCCACAAGCCACCUUACUACAAGCCACCCUACAAGCCACCUCAUAAGGGAUAUCCUCCCGCUGAGGAAGCCGAAGUCGAAGUCGAUGGCCACAAGCCACCUUACUACAAGCCGCCCUACAAGCCACCUCAUAAGGGAUAUCCUCCCGUUGAGGAAGCCGAACUCGAAGUCGAUGGCCACAAGCCACCUUACUACAAGCCACCCUACAAGCCGCCUCAUAAGGGAUAUCCUCCCGCUGAGGAAGCUGGAGUCGAAGUCGAUGGCCACAAGCCACCUUACUACAAGCCGCCCUACAAGCCACCUCAUAAGGGAUAUCCUCCCACUGAGGAAGCCAAAGUUGAAGUCGAUGGCCACAAGCCACCUUACUACAAGCCGCCCUACAAGCCACCUCAUAAGGGAUAUCCUCCCGCUAAGGAAGCCGAAGUCGAAGUCGAUGGCCACAAACCACCUUACUACAAGCCGCCCUACAAGCCACCUCAUAAAGGAUAUCCUCCCACUGAGGAAGCCGAAGUUGAAGUCGAUGGCUACACGCCACCUUACCACAAGCCACCACAGAAGCCGCCCACGGCUAACUGA